GCCCCCACCAUCAAUUGAUGCUGCGACGAUAGCUCUCAGCUACAAUUCAUCCAUUCCUUUAUAACUACACCUCCGGCAUCAUAGCUCAGCUCAUCGCAUUGCGAAUUCCAAGACAAAAUGAGGCCGUUAACGGAGCAAGAAACAAAAAUCCUCUUUGAAAAGCUCGCCAACUACACGACCGAUUUAAAACCGUUAAUCGCGCCUCUUAGCAAUUCCCCGGAUGCCGACCGUUAUGUAUUCCGAUUGAUUAAAGAUCGUGUGUAUUAUGUUCUUCUCUCGAUAGCGAACCUUGCUACCUCGGUAGCUCGGGACAGUUUGGCUUCAGUCGGCAUCUGCCUGGGAAAAUUCACGAAGACACUGAAGUUCAGGUUACAUAUCACGGCUUUGCCCAUUUUGGCCUCCCACGCAAGAUAUAAGAUCUGGGUUAAACCCAAUGGUGUCAUGCCCUUCUUAUACGGUAGCCAUGUUUCCAAGGCUCACGUCGGUCGAUGGACCGAGGACUGUCCUGCCAACGUUGGAGUGAUAGUUUAUGAUAUGGCGGAUAACCCGAUAGGUUUUGGUGUAUCUGCACGAAGUACUUCAGAAGCACGCAGGCUAGACCCGACGGGAACUGUUGUUUUCAGACAGGCUGAUUGCGGAGAGUACCUACGUGACGAAGACACCCUAUUUGCAAGCUAGGUAGUCGAAUAUUGGUCCGUAAGAUGCUUUAGUUGGAGUUUAGGGGUUCUGUUUAAUUUUACUGGGAAAUAAAAAACAGCAUAGAAGGCGUUUUUGAGGAUACCAAAUUCGAUUACCAU